AUGGUUAUAUCUAAGGUGCGAAUCACAGACGUCACAGACUACUGCAGACACAAUGCAAAUGGCGUUUGUCAGAUCCUGAUAUCCACUGAAAAUGGCGAUAUAUGGCUCGUGACGUUGCCGAAGCAAUUUCAGCCUGCGAUGGGAUGUGUGGUGACCAAGCUCUUUCUAGAAAGGUCGUCGGAUCAGAAUAAUGACGGAGGUGUUCGGUGGAUUGGUUUAGUGCCGGGAGUGCUGUCGGUAUUACACACACCAGCUGAUAAUGGAGUGCUGUCGCUUACGUUAUUUAGGAGCAUGGUAACGCCGACCACAUUAUAUGUAAAUACUUGUGAAACACUUGAGCGACAAAUGCCGAGUCACCAGUUAAUAGAAUUGGAUGAUAUCGAAGGAGAACAAGCUACUUGUAAUUUAUGUUUGAUUGGUCGGGUAGUAAGCCAUACGGGGCUGCUCUGUGGCUUGUUUCCAGACGUAGUGAACGAUUCUAAUGUGGCAGCUAUUCUCCAGGGAGAUCUUGAUUGUUGUGUGCGAUUUGCAUUGAUACGAUUUUCGAAUGCGAACGGCGAUUGUGCAAAUGCGUCUGUGAUUCGCAGCGAAACACUUCUACGGUUGCGUGAACCCAUUCAAGCAAUCAUCCCAUUCUGUACUAGUUCUCCACGUUCAAACGAAGAUAUUGCAACGGUAGAUUCUCAACAAUUUGAUGCACUGCUAGUUUUAAGUGUCCGAGGUAGGAUUGGCGUGAUCAGUACGAAAGAUCGCAGAGCUCUCGAGACCUUUCCAGUCGCUGUGAACACCCUGGAGCUUGGACGCUCGGUACAGUCUAUAGUUUUUGUGCACAGUUUGAGAGUGUUUAUUUUUUGCUCGAGUGGAUCAGCUUUCAUGUUUCGAAGUAUUGAUCUUUUAGCGAAAGCCGAACUCGCAAACUCUAACGCUGUACCAGCCUCAACGACUAGAUGCACUCUCCCAACAAAGAAACUACCCCUUCAAUCAGGUAUUAUACACCUGGCAAUUCAUGGUCGUAAUGGUGGCAUGUCGAUCCUCUUUGCGUCAGGACGGACAACACAUUUUGACAAGAAGGCGCUAAACGAUCUAGUGACUAGUAUUUUGCCCUGUUUCGAGCGAGAACAUGUCCCGAAUCGUGGUCACACAGCAGCGGUCGAGAAACUAUCAAGUGAGUCUCAAAUUCGAGAACUUGUGCAUCGUAUUGCUCAAGUCACUGCCGAGUCUUCUGAUCUCCGUACAAAAUCGAAGCAAAUGGACGUGUACCUGAAGGCUUUGCACUCUGCUUUGGAAAUUCUUCGAGCUGUCGGAGCUGCAGGUGUCGAGUCUGUGGUUAAUAGCGAAAUUAGAGCCAAUGUAGUCAAAACAGGUACCUUUUUGGAUCGGCACACAAUUCAAUUGACCUGUUCACUUCGUUUCGUUGAUUCUGACCCUAGCAUCUCACUUGACGAAUGGUCAUUGUGUCUGUAUGUGCGUGCCCUCGAUCGCGAAGUCACGUCGUACUCAUUUCCGCUGAAAAAUAUAGCAGCACAUGGAAAACAGCGUAUUCUUCUCGAUCCGGAUACACUUGCACAGCAAGACCAGGGAUUUCUAUGGGUUUCGUGCUCUAUGGUAUUUUGUCUAUCUCUAGACGGAAUAUCAUGUCAUCAACAUCCUCAAACGAGCUCAAUCGACUCCCAGGCCAUUCACAAGGACAAUUUGCUCGCAUUUGCUAUCCCGCUGAUUCAGAAUAAAAGAUUCCUACUUGCACAGCUAAGUCAGCCCAUCGAGGAUGAAAUGUCAGCUCGUCAAGGUGAAAUUCAUGCUGCUUUUUGUCAGCGACAUGUGCCGUUUAUGCCAGUUGGCAAGACAGAGACGCAGAUGUCGAACCUUUGGGCUGGUGUGCACUCGUGGGCUGCACUUGCUGACCAUGCUCAGAAGACGCCAUCGUUCGCUGCAUUAUGGUCGAAAAUUGCGUCGUCUAAUGUGGCAAUGGCUCCACCAUCCCGCUUUGUGGUUACAAUCCCCUCAUUUUUCGACACUGAAGACGAUGAAAAUGAGGACGAUGGUGAGGAUGAAAAGUUUGAAACGAAUUGCAUAGAGAGAAUGGUGUCAUUCCUGCGUCAGCUGCUGGACACACCCACUUGUGAUAUCCCACGAUUGCGUCGCAGCUGCCGAACACAACAUGGGAGUCUCUGGACAAUGCUACAAGCUUUUUCGGGAAGUCUUGUUCUCCUACGUUUUACACCUUCAGAAAUCGAACCCCAAUCCGUUGAUUUGACGAUUCAAUGUUCUGACGUGGCUGAUCUCUCUGCAAUGCGAGCUCUUGUGCUUGAUAUAAUCAACAAAUGGAGCAGCGGAGAUUUAAAUCGACUGAGUGAAGCAGACUACCCCGACAAAGUAUACUUGGAUUACAGCGAAAUGGCGGAGCCUAUUGCAGUUCUUGAAAAGUUGAUGGAGGACCUGGCCUUAAAGAUCACAACUUUUGAAGAUCCACGCUCUUCUACGUGCACAGACGAUGUUCUUCACGCACUUUCACAGCUAGCGCACCUGGAGACUCAAACGUUUGCUCUGUACUGGAAGUCAAGGGCUCACAUCAACAUGGCGAACCUAUAG